AUUGUCAAAGACAAAUGCUAAUUCUGUAUAUCAGGAGUUUUCAUCAGCUGAUAACAGUGAAUACAAGGUUAUGGAAAAAUAAUGAAAGAAAUAUGGAUUUACCAAAAUUCUUAUUGAUUAUUUCCUAAAGCAGUCAUUAAAAUCCAGUGUUGCCUACUUAUUGUCAAGUUCUCCCCCUACUGUUUGUGAUGCUUUUAGAAGAAAAUCCUCUAUAUCUUGUCGUUUAAAACUCCUUUAUAGGUAAGUUUACCUGCAGCAAAGGCAGGGAGAGUAGUUUUAUUCAAAUGAGCCAUAUUAGAUGUCAAUUGCAGAUCAUAAUAAAGCUUGAGAAAAAGAUCCCACCAUUUACCACGUGGUUUCUAGAUGCUAAAUAUGCAUUUUAAUGUAAAAGGGAAGAGAAGGGAGCUCUCCUGUUCUUCAGUGACACCAAACCCAGGGACUCAAGUCUGCCGCAACCAAACACCUCGAACACAACACGAAAAGCUUGGGAUUAACUGUAUAUAGAUGCACUGGUUUGAUGUAACAGCAGCUUGCUUGAAUUAAUGUCCUGUGACAAGCCCUCCCUUGCAAACCUUUAGAAGCAAACUGUUUCUUUGUCUACAUUUUAAGCUUGGCUACAGCCUCUGGUAGAUUGUGCACUGUUUCUCACAUACUGUUUUUUGGACAUAAUCGAAUCAUCAUCUGUGAAGGACUAACCACCCAAAGGGUUUAAACCCAAUUGCUAGUGGUUUAUUCAGCUUUGACACUUCUCAGUGUGAUCCUUACUGCCUUUUGUAAAACAAGCAGACAAGGGAAAGGCUCCAGAGACUUUCUUCUGUUCAUUCUGUAAUAGUUUUCUUGCCACAGGAGGCUUAAGAAGAUUUGUACUGCCUGCUUUCUUUUCAUUAGCAGUGAGUGCAAUGCUGUUGGGUGGUACAUGCCAGAGCCCUGCUCUUCCAGCCCUUGUGCGUCCUCCUGCACCACCCUUGCAGCCGUCGCUGGAUAUUAAGCCGUUCCUCCCGUUUCCUCUGGACACUGCUGCAGCAGUGAAUCUCUUCCCCAACUUCAAUGCAAUGGACCCAAUUCAAAAAGCUGUAAUAAAUCAUACAUUUGGAGUUCCUCUUCCUCAUCGAAGAAAGCAAAUCAUAUCAUGCAACAUUUGCCAGCUGAGAUUCAAUUCUGAUAGCCAGGCUGCGGCCCACUACAAAGGCACUAAACAUGCCAAGAAGCUCAAAGCACUGGAAGCCAUGAAAAAUAAGCAGAAAUCUGUUACUACCAAGGACAGCGCAAAGACUACCUUCACUUCCAUCACUACCAAUACCAUCAAUACCAGCUCUGACAAAACAGACGCAAACACAGGGACACCAGCAAUAUCAACGACGACAACCGUGGAAAUCCGUAAGAGCAGUGUGAUGACAACUGAGAUCACCUCUAAAGUGGAGAAAAUCCCCACAACAGCCACGAGCAGCAGCACUUGCCCUUCCGUUGAGACUGAGGAAGAAAAAGCAAAAAGACUGCUGUACUGUUCACUAUGCAAAGUCGCUGUCAACUCUGCCUCACAGCUGGAGGCGCACAACAGUGGGACUAAGCACAAAACUAUGCUGGAAGCUCGGAAUGGAAGUGGAACCAUAAAAGCCUUUCCCCGGGCAGGCGUAAAAGGCAAAGGACCUGUGAAUAAAGGAAACACAGGCCUUCAGAACAAAACAUUUCACUGUGAAAUAUGUGAUGUACACGUUAACUCCGAGACACAACUGAAACAGCACAUAAGCAGUAGAAGGCACAAAGACAGAGCUGCUGGGAAGCCACCCAAACCUAAAUACAGCCCUUACAACAAACUCCAAAAGGGAACACAUCCACUAGGGGUAAAAUUAGUAUUUUCAAAGGAACCUUCAAAGCCGAUGGCCCCACGAAUCUUACCAAAUCCGCUGGCAGCUGCAGCAGCAGCUGCUGCUGUGGCUGUGAAUUCCCCCUUCAGUCUUCGCACAGCCCCAGCAGCCACCCUUUUCCAGACUUCAGCACUUCCUCCAGCACUCCUACGACCAGCUCCUGGGCCUAUACGGACCACCCACACUCCCGUGCUGUUUGCUCCUUACUGAACUCCAAACAGGAAUUAAUUGUACUGCAAUAAUUUUUCAAAUCAAAACAAACAAAAAAAAUGAAAAUCAAGGACAUUGAACUAUGCAGUGUUUAUUUAUAGUUUAAAGUAUAUAUGAAGAGCCAGAACUUUUGAUAGAGAACUGAACAAAUUCUGAAAGGGGGAAUGGGUGGUAUUUUCUCCAGAUAAGAACAUUUCUCUUGAGCAUUGAUCGUUUUAGAACUGAUCUCCAGCAUUGACUUGUAGUGACAUAUAAAACUUACAAAGCCUUUUGACUGUGCAUUUUGGCACAUAUUUCCCUGCAAUGUCUUUCCUGCUUUAUGAAACAACUUACAAAUUUGUCUAAAGGGCAUUAACUGGUUCCAAUGUAUAUAAAAUACUUUAUUCUGUAGAUUAAAGAAGAAGGAAAGAAAAAGAAACACUGUGAAUAGUAGUACCCUUACCAAUCCUCCUGCCAAAUCAGCAGUUACUGGGUAUUUAUCUGAACAAAAAUAGAUACAAUAGAUGUCUUGUAAAACAGUAGUAUUGUGUCUCUAUCUAUGCCACUAGGUUUCUAACUGAGUUGCAAAAGAUAAAAUGAACAAAAUUAUGUCACUUUGGUAAGUAGUCAAAACUUAUUACAAUAAUGUGGAGCUGUUCCUGGUGAGAAAAGUUUUCCUCACUCGCAUAAGAAUGAAAAUUAUCUAGGUUAGGGCAAAGAAAGUGAUAAAGAGGAACUAGUGGAGGAAAAAUAAUUCAGAUACUGUAUACAGAAUGGGUCAAACUUUUAUUUAACUGAGAAUGUAUGUGUACACUGUGUGUUUAUUCAAGAAGUGUAAUACAUACAUGAUAGAUCAAUGUUUAAGACAUGACAGUGGAAAACCAAAAAUAUGAUCUUGUCAUGAAACAGGCCUGACACUUCAGUGUUGAGCAGAGAGAAGACACAAAUCAGAGUCAUAACUGACAAAUGAAAAACAGGAGAGAAAUCCUGGUCUCAUUUAAGUCAGUUUAAAGUUCCUUCUGACUGCAGUGUAGCCAGAAUUUCAUCCCAAGAAUGGCACAUAUUCAUUUUAUAUCACACCAGUGGGAGUGUCUGUAGAUACAGGUAAUAUUUUUUGCAAUAGGCUUAGUCUUAGCAACAGACUUAUUCCCUUGUUUUAUUUCCUACUGAUGUGAUAUAAAAUGUCUUAAUAUACCUAUAAAAUGUAAACAGUGAUACAUGAGAUACAUAUUACGAGAUAACUGCACAUCAUGGGUUUGGAACAAAUACAACUUUUAGGAUCUCAAGGGACCCUUGAAUUCUGUAGCUGACUGUAAUGUAUGGACAGCUUGAAGCCUUAUAUAUUUACUGUGAGGCUUAAAGGGGUUGACUGUGUCCCUUUAAAGUAAGAUUUAUCAGGGGUAUAUAUAGAUAUAUUGUAUAUAUGUUAGAGUAAGAAAAAUAACUUAUAAACAGAAAAUCUACUAUAUAAAAUAGUUAUAUAACCAUUGAUUUCACAUGUGGGUCAUUAAGUGGUAAGUAACAAACAACAGAGAAAAAAUAAUCCUUGCUGCCUGCUUUUUCCCAUAGGGAGCUGAAAAGUAUCUAUUAAUAUUAUGGAGUGUGCUGCUGAGUCACAUGCAACCACUCUGAUGUGUAGCUAAGUGAAAUGCCUACCGCACAUUUAGGCAGAAUAAAAUUUAAAAGCAUAAUUUAAGUUUAGAUGGGGAAAUUAUUUGAAAGAUUUCAUUAAAAGGCAGUAAUGCAAAAUAUUGACCAUGUGGUUGCUAUAUAAUGCUGCCUGUGGUUAAUGCAGACAGGUGGGAGACAUAGAGGAUGGGAAUAUACAGCACUUUUGACUUGCAGUUCAUCAGUGAGCCUUCCAUAUACAUUUGUAUUUGCCAUUUUUUAAACCUCUCUGCAUUUAGAUUUUAUAAAAAAUAUAUAAAGAGAGAGAAAGAAGAGGUUCCAUGGAUAUCUGUGUCCGAAGAAUUCCAAAGAGAUGCAUUUAUUUAUCUAGAAGUAUUAAAAUAAGUUCUGCAUUAUGUAUUUGUAUUUCAUCCAGUUUAUUUGCAAACGUUUGUGCCUUGAAAUGAAAUGAGCUUUUGUUUAUAUUUAAUUUACACCUAUGUAGCCAUGAAAAAGACAUGACAGUGAUUCCAGGGCUAAUUACCAGCUGGAUUGCUAUGGCCUAACUUUCAAAAAGACAGUAUGAGUAAGUUCCUGAAGCCAAGUUUAGACAUCUAUAUAACUAGGGGCUGACAUUUAAAAGGGCUCUCUACUCUACAGCUCCCAGUAAAGAGGCAUAAAUAAGCCAGCCUUCAAAACCUGCUCCUCACACUCAAUUUAGAAAAAUUUUCAUUUUAUUUGGGUACAUGAGAUAGUAAGAUUCAGUGGACUUGGUCUUUUAAGCAUGCUUUCCACCUUCCAUCUGUUUGCAGAAGCUGUAGUGCCAUUGCCAGCUGCGUUCAGAUUCCUCCUUGAAAAGGGCAGCAGCUUUCAAGCUGUGCUCCAUGAACCACCACUUGUUUCCAGAGCCUUUUGUAAGAGCCUGUGUAAGUAAGAUCUUGCUAAAGGAGCAGAGGAGUACUCACAUUUUGGGAAGGUAGACAGUCUGGGCAGGCUAUCUUUUCCCCAUGAGGAAGCAGGCAGAUGGGAAAGUGGGAGAUAGAUGAAUAUCCUGAAGGCUCUUAUGCACAGCCUUCUGGUGCGUGGACACCUGCUGUACAUCCUGCCAUGUUGUUGUGAUGCCAUCAAAAUCAACAGGCUGAUCCUUGCCGAAACGUGGCCUGUGGCAUGUAUGGAGGCACAGUACUAAGAGCAGAGUUCAUGCAAAUUUUGCUAGAAAUAAAAGAGUGUCAUUCCAACUACUUACAUCAGCUAAUUUGCAAAGACACCUUCCAUUUUCUUGGACCUCUUUUGUCACAGUGCUCUAUGGAACAAGUUUUUGUUCACACAAGUCUCUUUUAAAGUUCAGCUGUAAACAACAAACUCAGUUCUUUUUGUCUCUUACUCACUACCUAAUAAAGGAUAAAGCCUAAAUGUUAGAAUGUAUAGUGGACUUUCUGUGCCUUGCUGCUCCGCACCCCUCUCGGUCAGUAACAAGAACAAGCCAACAUACCCAGGACAUCAGCACAACAGUUCUACUAUAUUUUAUAUAUAUAUAUAUAUAUAUAUAUAUAUAUAUA